AAAAAUCCGCUCUCUGCCUUUAGGACCUCACAAGUCUGCACGGUUUGGGUAAACUUGAGCGGAACUUGGGAGAAACGACUCAGAGAAGUCGCACGUGUACUGUCCAUUAAUCGGAACAGGCGACUGAACCAAAUUAUGACUUACAAGAAAUAAAAACAGUAAACAGUUUGUUUGGCCGUUCAAAGGAUUUAUUGAUUCAUAAACAGUCCCUGGUGGAAGAGAGGAACUAAAACCAUAGCAAUGGAUACAGAACGACAGAAGCGUAAAGACGAUAUACAGAAAGCUCUGGGAUUCAUUCAGUCAUCAUUGCCUUUUCCUGAACCUGAAAGUUACGAGGCAUUUCUUACUCAGCUAGUGUGUAAUUUGCUGGAUGAGGGUAAUGCAGUGUUUCGUGAUGGAGAGUGGAGGCAGGCAUCAGUACAUUACAGUGAAGGAGUGAAUGUUGCUCGCUAUGCUCAAUCUGAAGCGCUGGUCAUUCCCGCAGAGCUAUUAGAAGGCCUGUAUGUGAACCGGGCAGCCGCGCACUAUAAGCUUGGGGAGUUUGAGCGAGCAGUGCAGGACUGUGACAUGGCACUGUGUGUGUCAGAGGGAAGUCGCAGGGCGCUUUUCAGAAAGGCACUUUGUCUGAGAGAGCUGGGCCGACUCAGAGAGGCUUAUGAGUGUGGCACUGGAUGUCUACUAUCUGCUCCUCAUGACAGGCAAGUCAGUGAGCUUGCACAAGAUCUAGCCAACAAACUUGGUUUGAAAAUUCGCAAAGCCUAUGUCAGCCCUCAGCUUGAUUCCACAUCAUCUGGGGCAGACAGCAAUGGUGAAACUAAUUCUCCUACAGGGGAGACCUCAUCAAAUGGUCUUGAAUCUUUGACUGAUAUUGGAUCAGACCUUUCUAGUGCCCAAUGUAUCCCUGCUCCUCUGGCCACACCAAUCCCGGUCAGUGAUGAUGCACAGAUGCCCCCUCUGAGUCCUAUUUUGCCCCAAGACAUGCCUGAGAGCCCAAGCCAGGAGCCAUCAGGCCGUGUACCAUACUCUGUGCCUGUAUCUGAACACAUGGAUGAAUGUGGGAUGAAUGAGGAAUGUCUGGAUAACUUACUGGAAAGUAUUCCCAAAGGAGCUGAGGUCAGCGUGAACCCAGUUCAAGGAGCCAUUCCCACUAACCUCCCGAACACAGCUGUGGGUUUGAGGCCUUCAUACUCUCCUGGUCUCCCAGCCUCAUCCUCAUCUCCCUAUUUCAACAGUCCUCUUACCCCACUAGAAUCCUUUUCAGUGUUGAGCGAAGCCUCUUCCCAGACAAUGGAAUCCCUUGGAACUUUUGGCUCUGGGGCUGGAGCGGAAGACACUGCUGGAAAGGCCGGGUCUGGAUCUCUUAUCACAGGCGGAUUAGAUUCCCUCUCUGAGUACACACUUCCUGGUGGGCGAUUCUCUCACAGUUUUAUCCCUGGUUUGCGUAAUCUUAAUACCACCAAUUCAAAUGGCCCAACAGGUACCAACCUCUCUCUGCUGUCACGAAACCCUCUGGCUGCUACACACGAGUUUAGACAGGCCUGCAAUGCCUGCUACAGUCGCAUAGGUCCCAGGGUAAUGGACUACCGGUAUCAGCCUGAUGCAGCUCAUCGCUGUAAAAGAGACGUGCUUCUCUGUCGCCUCAAAUCAUCAGAAGACCCAAGUUGGAAAAGGGUGCGACCUCGCCCCGCACGUAACAACUUCCUUGGGGCUUUUGUACUCUGCAAAGAGGUGCAAGAGCGUCAGGAGUGUCAGUAUGGUGAGAACUGCACUUUUGCAUAUUGCCAGGAGGAGAUAGACGUGUGGACCCAGGAGAGGAAGGGAGCUCUAAGCCGCGAACUUCUGUUCGACCCACUGGGCACCAAUGAACGACGGGCCCUCAGUGUCACCCGUCUGCUUCAGCUCCACAUGGGCAUGUUUAUGUUCCUCUGUGAGGAAUGUUUUGACAGUAAGCCUCGUAUCAUUAGCAAGCGAAGCAAAGAGAAUCUCGCUGUGUGUUCCAACCUUACUGCACGACAUCCUUUUGACGAUAACAAGUGCCUGGUGCACGUGGUUCGCUCGGCAAACGUGCGCUACAGUAAAAUACGCCCUCUUCACCCGCUCUGCCAGUUCGACGUGUGCCGACAUGAGGUGCGAUAUGGCUGUCAGCGGGAGGAUAGUUGCUCCUUUGCACACUCGGUCAUAGAGCUUAAAUGUUGGGUGCUUCAGCAGGACACAGGUAUUACCCAUGAGGAGAUGGUGCAGGAGUCUAAGAGACACUGGCACAGAUUGGAACAGAAUGCACAAAGACAAAAGCCUUUACCCCACCAACACACCAGUAGCAGCAACAGUGCAGUUAGCGGUAGUGCUGUUGUCUCUGGAAGUGUGGUCAGUGGCGGAGGAGAUAGCGUUGGAGGUGGUGGCACAGGAGGGGGAGGACUGGUAGGAUGUGGUCGAGGGCGUGGCCUAAAUUUGAAGAUGAAGUUUGUGUGCGGACAGUGUUGGAGGGAGGGCCAGGUCAACGAACCAGACAAAUCAUUGAAGUACUGCACUGCCAAAGCCAAACACAGCUGGACGAAAGAGCGCAGGGUGUUGCUAGUGAAAUCAUUUGAGAAGAAAAAGUGGGUGGUAGUCCGACCGCUGCCUUUUUCCCGUACCUACCCUCAACAAUAUGACAUGUGCGUUCAUGUUAUGAAACAAAAGAAGUGCCACUAUAUUGGGAACUGCUCUUUUGCACACAGUUUGGAGGAGAGGGAUGUGUGGACAUAUAUGAAAAACAACAGUUUGAGAGACAUGCAGCAGAUGUACGAGAUGUGGCUAUCUUUGACCAACCAGAAUCGCCGUGCAGAUGGCACCCUCAUGACUCCUCCCCCAGAAGAAAAACAGAUCGCUAUGCCAACUGAUUAUUCUGAGACAAUGGUUGGGAGGCGCAUGUCUGGAGGAGGAGGAGAUCUGUGACCUGGGUCAAAUGUGCAGUUGCCCGUGAUGUGGUUGUCUGGAUGAAACUUCCUGAUCUGAUGUCAGUUUAAAGGCUCAACUUUAUCAGUGCCACUCUGGGAAGUACCAGGUUCUGCUGCCCUGAAGGGCAGAGGGCUUGACCUUAGGACUAACACCGUGAUUGUUGACACACACAUACACAUACUCACACAACACACGCUUUAUUACUCAUUUAACAAAAUCUGCACACUCACUGACAUGACACUCGGCACAGACUCAUGGGUGUCAUGUAUGUGGACGUGCACACUGGUACUAUUGCGUCAAAGUUUGCAGAUUUGAAGUUUUAUGACUUGAACCAUCUACUCAAUCCUUAAUGUACCCUUAGUGCUUUUAAAAAUUUGCAGAGGAAGAAUUGAUCCCCCCACUGUCGAAUUUAAGCAGCAGUCAGAUUUGUGAUGUGGUGCUUAACUCUGUUCCUGCCAUAUUGGUAGAGGAGUUUGAAUGUAUAGCCGACAGUGGCCAUUUACAAAAAAGAGAUUUUCUUAGAUGUAGAAUGUGUUUGAUACAUGAGGCAAUCAAUUAGGUAUAACUUUAAUACCUGCCCCAUGGAAGGCCUGAUCCUUCAGUGUAAAUGCUUGCAUACACCAGUCACAGAUCAUGCAUUGAGAAGUCUUCAUUUCUUCAUUAAUUUCGGUUUGCACACUAAGUGACAAUGGAGCAGUGUUUUAAAAAAUGGGAGAACGGACAUUACUCGAGGGCUAUUUGCAAAAAGUAUCUGUGGAAAUUGUCUGCAGCACCGUUCCGGUGUGAUCUGACCAUUUGUUGUCUCGUUUGAGCUCAUAGGUUGGUCCAUAAUCAUAGGAGACUCAUGGGAACGCCGCAGUUCAAUAUGGGGGAAUUCAAAAGUUCCUCCAUGUAAUAUUUAUUGGUCAAAUUAGGAGCAUGAUUGGAGACAAAUUAGCAAGAAAAUGGGCAAAAAACGUACUUGCCCGUGCCUUUGCGUAGUUAUAUCAGUCCCAAAAUAUAUUGUCAAGACAUGCUGUGCUACCCUUAGUAAGCCUUGUCCUUACUAUAAGUGGACAUGAUAUAUAUAUAAAUAAUUACACACACACACAUACACAUAAAUAUCUACUAUAUUGGCAUUCUACUAAUGAUUAUUGAUAACUUAGCAGUUAAGCUUAAAUAACUAUAACCUUACAUUGUAUUGAUUACAUAGAACUUCCUGUUAUUAUUGAGCUAUGCUAUAUGAAAUGUAUUGCUGAUUAGAUGGUUAGUGAUUUUUUUUCUUAUGUGUCACUCCAGAAAUGUCAGUUUUGUGAGAUCAAGAAUUUGCUAUCCCAAAAUGCUUUAGAGAAGUAUUUGAUGUGACACAUAGACAGAAAGUAGUUUAAUUUGAAUAUAAAAAGAGCAGAUUUUUGGGAAUCAGUGGUACCAGAUAAAAAUGGAUUGUAACCGGAUUGGGACGUUCUGGAGUGACCUAGUUGUACGCUUUACUGAGGGAUCAUAUUAUUACUAGUGCUAUUAUUAUGAUGACAGUAAUGAUAAUGAUUGCCAUUCUAUCCUUCUGUAUGCUAUUGAUAUAUGUAUAUGUUAAUUGCUAUGUAUAACAUUUUAAAUAUAUGUACUAUCAUGUAUGAAUAUAAUACUUAACACAACAGUGAAUUGUCUAUGUAUGCUUAGUGAACUGUCCAGAAUAGAGGAGUUGGAUUCCCAUACAGAAAUCUGAUAUAUUGAAAUAUAUAAUAAUGUUAAUGUAUGACAAUACAUCAGAUGUCCGUACGGGCUAUGUUGUGUCACAUGCUUAAGAUCCUAGGGUAGAUAAGUGAAUAUAGCAGGAGAUGUAAGAUGUAGUGUGGGAGAAAGUCAUGCUUUUGUGAUGUGUUAAUGGUUUGUUGUUGAGUUCCUGUCCUUUUGUAGAAGAAUAGGACUUUCGCUUUAGUGGUAUAGGGUUUACAGAAUAGUUGUAACAAAGUGACAUCAUUGAAAACUAGAAGAUACCCCUACCACUACUUUCUUAUAUUAAGUAUAUACGCAGUGACAGAGCACAAAGCAUACAUGGAUGUUUAUGUUUGUCUGCAUAGCGCCUUAUACAAUUUAUAUACGACGUUUAUAUACAAUUAUGAAUACCUUAACAAAUAAUCCUACUCUUUCAGUAUGAUGAUAUACUGUAUAUCUAUAUAUCUAUCUAUAUAUAUACACACACACUGUUAGACAAUUUAAGAACAUAGAUUCAAGGGAAUGAAAGUGUAUUGUAAAUUCUCCCUGAUUGUUUUUGUGAAGGUUUAGACUGAUGUAAUGGGUUUUGCACACAACUUGUAUUUCGUGAGGAAGACGGUUAGAUUGAGUUGUUGGCCUUCUCUCUAGGCUACAAUAAAGGUGGGGUGCAUAACCGCUGAGAGAAAGAAGAAACCAAGAAGCUCAGUUGACAGUCUCUAUUGCUUAAACAUGAGAUGUGGUUUGCAAUCAGUCAUAUUCAUAUCAAAGGGUUAGUACUGUUGGCCAUUGACUGUCUAUGGGCAGGAGUAAUGGUCAUCUACUCGAUAUUCUUAUUCUCUGAGUUUGUAUAAUGAUAGGGGCUACCCGGAGUAAAAUAAUUGACCGUUUUUAAAUGACCUUCACACUUUCUGGAUGGAGUAAAAACAUGAAUUCAUCCAUAUUCAGACUGAAAAAGGCAAUGCAGGAUUUAACAAACAUUGGUCAGUGUAUGCUGAGGUGGGUUUAUUUCUGACUUGCUUUACCGGAUAACCAGUAAAAUUCAGGGUUUUCAAGGAAAGAAAUAGAAAAACACCUGUUUUUGUACUGUAUUUUUUACAUUUGUUUUUGCUUUUCCUCCCUGGUUGGAAGUGAAAUAUGAUUACCGUGGACCAAAUCUCAUGAGUGUGUUUAACAAUAAAUAGACUGUUUUAGAAAAUAA